CUCACGUCUCGGCUUCUAUAUCCUUUCACUCUACUUCAACCAUUUUUCUCUCCUAUCAGUUAAUAAAAGUUCAAAUCUCUUAGAGCCUCUUUGGGUUAUCAAACUCUAAUUAUUCUGUUGGUCCCUUAGAAAUGGAGAACUUGAAGACUCCUUUCAAGGGCAUAGUUAAUGAUGUUCGAGGAAGAGCAAAGUGUUACAAGGAAGAUUGGAUCUCUGGUCUCCGUGCAGGAAUCGGGAUAUUGGCUCCAACUACCUUCAUUUUCUUCUGUGCUGCUCUUCCUGUUAUAGCCUUUGGAGAACAGCUCGAUAUAGAGACAGAUGGAAGUUUCAGCUCAGUAGAAACACUGGCUUCAACUGCUAUAUGUGGAAUCCUAAACGCAGUUAUUGGAGGGCAGCCUCUGAUAAUACUGGGAGUUGCAGAACCCACUGUCAUCAUGUACAUUUACAUGUACGAUUUUGCCAAAGAUAGGGAAGGCCUUGGACGACAACUCUUCUUGGCUUGGACUGGAUGGGCUUGCGUUUGGGCAGCUUUGGUGUUGUUUCUGAUAGCAAUAUUCAAUGUUGGUGGCAUUGUACAUAGAUUCACUAGGAUUGCUAGCGAGCUUUUUGCCAUGUUGAUCACACUCUUGUUCCUUAAAGAGGCCAUCAAGGGAAUGGUGAGUGAGUUUAAGGUUCCUAAACAUGAAAAAGACCUAGCAUUAGAACAAAACAAAUUUCAGUGGCUUUAUACAAAUGGAUUAUUGGGAAUUAUAUUCUCCUUUGGCCUUCUCUUUUCUUCUCUCAAGAUCAGGAGAGCUAGAUCGUGGUUAUAUGGCACAGGAAAGUUAAGGAGUUUUUUGGCAGACUAUGGCGUUCCAUUAAUGGUGGUUCUGUGGACAGCUUUGUCUUUCUCAGUACCAGCAAGUAAACUUCCAUCUGGAGCUCCUAGAAGGCUCAUUGCUCCUCUUGCUUGGGAAUCUACUUCUUUACACCAUUGGACAAUGAUCAAAGAUAUGGGGAAGGUUCCACCUGAAUAUGUUUUUGCUGCUAUCAUUCCUGCAUUGAUGAUAGCCGGUCUUUUCUUCUUCGACCAUAGUGUUGCUGCUCAGUUGGUAGAGCAAAAAGAAUUCAAUCUGAAGAAACCUUCGGCUCAUCAUUAUGACAUGUUGUUGCUAGGAUUCAUGACUUUGCUCUGCGGUUUGCUUGGUUUGCCACCUUGCAGUGCACUUCUUCCUCAAUCCCCCAUGCACACCAAAAGCCUUGCUGUUCUCAAGAAACAGUUGAUUCGGAGGAAGAUGUUGGAAAGUGCCAAAGAAAGCAUAAAGAGCAGAGCAAGCAACUCUGAGAUCUAUGGAAAUAUGGAAGCAGUGUUUGUAGAAAUUGACAAGAGCCCAAUUAAUUCAGUGGUGAAAGAACUAGAGAAUCUAAAAGAAGCAGUCCUAAAAGGGGAAGAGAAAAAUGACCGAUUUGACACUGAGAAACAGAUUGAUGAACAUCUUCCCAUAAGAGUGAAAGAGCAGAGAGUGAGCAAUUUCUUACAGGCAAUACUUGUGGGAGCAUCAGUGUUUGCUCUACCUCUCUUAAGGAAGAUACCAACUUCAGUUCUGUGGGGUUACUUUGCUUACAUGGCCAUUGAUAGUCUUCAAGGAAAUCAAUUCUGGGAAAGGAUACUAUAUAUCCUCAUAUCCCCUAACAGACGAUACAAGGUUCUGGAGGGGGACCAUGCUUCGUUUGUAGAGACCGUACCAUUCAGAGCCAUACUGUUGUUCACACUGUUCCAGUUUGUAUAUCUGUUGGUUUGCUUCGGAGUGACUUGGAUUCCCAAUGCAGGAAUGUUGUUUCCUUUGCCCUUUUUCUUGCUCAUCAUAAUAAGACAGUAUUUGUUACCCAAGUUAUUCAAUCCUCAGUACUUAAAAGAACUAGAUGCUGCUGAAUAUGAACAAAUUAUUGGCACUUCAAGGCUUUCCUUCCGUCACUCUUCCCGUCUCAAUCUCCACCAGGAUAUGAAAUCAGGGAGCAUGGAAGCAAUGGAAAUAGAAGAUGAUGAUGAGAUAUUAGACGAGGCUCUAACAGGAAGAGGAGAGUUAAAGGUCAAAGCUAUUAGCUUCAGAGAGGACAUACAUGCCCAUGCACAGUUCUUACGCAGAGAAUCAAACUUGAAGGUCAAAGCUAUCAGUUUCCGAGACGAAAGACAUGCACUACGCGCGCAGGGGUUGCAAGUGUUUCCUGAUGAAAUUAUAAUUGAAACGGAUUUGUAGAAGAUUACAAAGGUCUCUGGGAGGAAAAAGCUGAGGUUAUGGACAAGACAAUAAUGACGACUUUGCUAUUGCGGGGAAAUUGAUACCUAAGAAUUUCUCAGAGGAAAGUCAUGGAAUUAAGGAGGUCAAGUUCUGCAUAUAUGUAUGGCCAAUUUUCAAAUCAAAUUAUGGUUAUAAAUAUUUACAAAUAAUCGGCACUAUAUAUAUACAUAA